AUGUCACCACACCCCCCCUCGAGAGACAUCUCGACACUGUCUCUCUUCGACUGUAAUAAUUCCGAAACACCCACGGACAAUAUAUCCACGCGUGCACUGUAUGAGGUGAACCUAGACGACGAGCUACAAUAUCCGCCGGUUUCGCGGCCGCUGUCGCGGUCUAGUGUGACGUCCGGGCUGUCGAUGGUAGCCACGAAGGACGGUGUGGAGGGGCGCAGGGUGCCUCGCCACGGCAUCACCCAGUAUUCCGUCAACCUCGCCAAUUCCAUGAACGCCGCUGCACAUUGGAAGAAGGCGCACCCCGAAGAACCGUGCAAAGAUUUCCCCAAUGGCCCAUCACUCACUCUAAAGGAGAAAAUGCGCCUGUUCAACGAAGACCGGCCGUCCCAGAGCAACUGCGACUCGCUGGAUUCCUUCGCCGACACCAAUUUCUCUGGUUCCGCGCGCUAUCAACUGAAUAUUCAUCGCCUCAACUCAGAGCUUGAAAGCAACACCAGUACGCUGGGCGAUGACACUUCAUACCUCUAUGAUAUGCGGAGCAUCCCUGCGGCUGUGAGCAUAACUGACAGUGAGAAGGACAGCACGUCCUCACGCCACUAA